AAACCACAUCCGAUCAAAGUGACAUUGAAGGACGGAUCAGGGCUCUGAAGGAUGAACUACGGAAAAGGAAGUCUGUGGUUUGCCAGCUGAAAAAGGAACAGAAAAAGAGACAGAAGGAAAGACUGAAGGCCCAGGAAGCUAGUUUGAUCAAACAACUGGAGACGUAUGACGAGUUUAUCAAGAAGACAGAAGCAGAGCUGAGCCAAGACCUGGAGGCAUCACCCACUGCCAAACCUCAGAUUAAAACUCCAUCCUCAGUUGCUGCUGAAAAACCUAAGAUCAAGGCACCGCCACUGCAAAGGCCUGAGACGACUAAAACCUGGAAAGCACUGGCUGAAUCAGAGUGGUCCAGAGCAUCUUUGGAAUCUAUUUCGGAGCAUGCAGAUGCUGUGUCAUCGGGAACUGAGACAUCUGUGUCGGUGCACACCAAGAAGGUGGCUGAGACAGAUGUUCAUGCAGAUGGACCUUCCAGAACAUCUUCCUCUGUUUUAACAUCACCGGCGCUUUCCAGAACAGGAUCUGGUGAUUCCUUAGAUAAGGCAUCCUUAUCAUCUCUUACCGGAGGCUUGAAAGACACUAGCAGGACAUCCCAUGUGUCAAUGAACAUUGUGGUAAAUGCAUCCAACUAUGAGGCUGCCUUCAGUCAUAAAUCUGAGGUAGAGGAAGAUUUUAAAUACACUAAGUCAGAGGAAUAUGAGGUUGAAGGUUCUCAUGUUAAGCCUUUGGAGAGUUCUGAUGUCUUGUUGACAUUAGAUAAAGAACGGGAGAGCUCACUGGAAGUCAGCUGUGCUGAAAACAGCCACUCUCGGAAGGAGCUCUUUGGUUUGGCUGUGGAAAGUCUUCAUGGUGCAGAAGAAAUCUUAAAACAGAGACUGACAGAAAAGGAUGCUGUAACUGGCCCAAGUGCAGAAGAGUCUUCUUGCAAACUGAGCAAAUCGUCAGAGGAAAAAGGUGAUCUGCUUUCAGAACAACUCUUUAGUCAAAAGGAGCCAUCGUACCUUGAGGACUUUGAAGAAUCCUCCUCUAGAAAACAAGCAUCAGUUGAAGAAUCACUUCCUGGUGAACAUUGCAAAGAUGACUUUGAAGCAUUUCUUCUCUCUCCUAAUGGGGAUGCUCAGUCACUGGCAGAGCGGUCGCAGCACACACAGAGCAGCAGAAGCAGACCCACCAGCCUCAGCAGUGAUGGGGAAAUCAGUGAAUGCCUCAGUGACAGGUCUCUCUCUGGCAGCAUGCAUUCAGAGAGGUUAUUAGAACUUAAGUCCCCAGCAGAACUUAUAAAAAAUACUGAACACAGAGAUGUGGAGCAAGAGCAAGCCCCUACUGAAUCACUGCAGUGGACCUCUGUUUCUGUCCCAGAAGACACAGAGAGUUUGGCAAACUUCAACAUUGGUGACAGAGUACUUGUGGGUAAAGUCCAACCUGGAAUAUUGCGAUUCAAAGGUCUGACUAAGUUUGCCAAAGGGUUCUGGGCUGGUGUGGAGUUGGAUCAACCGGAAGGGAACAAUAAUGGUAGUUACGACGGUAUUCAAUAUUUUGAUUGCAAAGAAAAGCAUGGUAUUUUUGCUCCUCCUCAAAAAAUCUCUCACAUUACAGAAAGUAUUGAUAGUUAUUUAGACACAAAAGAGGAUGAAGACUCAUCCUUUGAUGACAGACCGGAGAAGCAGCACGAAGCUGAGCAGAAAGAUGGAGGAAGUUCCAAACUUGCCAAAGAGUAUGGAAGCCAGAGCAGAAAUGCAACAGAAAACUAUUCCCAGGAAAAAACUUCUGCAGACACAGCUGCUUCAGAAGCCUCAGCUGGGGAAGUGGCUGAUGAGAAGUUGUCUUCCAAAGCAAACAGCAUAAAGGAGAUUUCUGAAGUUACUGAAUCACCUGCCGAAGAACAGUCAGUGGUGGAUUAUCUGAAGCGUGCUGUAAAAGAGGAAGCCAGCGUUGCUCCUCUCGUAUCUGGUGGUGUGGAUGAGAUUUCCACUGUUCAGUUGGAUGACAUCUCAGACUGCCUUUCUGAAAAACUGGAGAGGCAGAAGACGCUGGGGGAAGAAUGUGCUGAAAAUUUAGAUGAUAUUUCUCCUGAAGGUGUGGAAAAGCCUGCAACUCCACUUCUGGAUUUGCUGAAAAAAGAAAAGAACCAGUUAGAAGCCCAGCGUAGACUACCACUUAGAGAGGAAGAAAAGUCAAAAGACCAACUGGAAAAGGUCAGUUUGCUGACAGACAGUCUACUUAGAGAUUUUGUGAAAGACACAGUCAAUCAGGUACAGGAAAUAAUGAAGGUCAGGAAGGAGAAAAUCCAGCUCAGCAACCAGGUGCUCUGCGAUGUGAAGGAGGAAUCCAGUACUCCCUCCCAGCAAGUAGAAAAGCAGAUUCCUGAUGGACUGAAUAACUUCUUUCUAAGUUCCGAUUUGGAAGAUGAAAGAGAAGAAGUGUCCUCUCCAGACAUGUGUCCUAGACCAGAGAGUCCAGUGCUUGGUGCCAGUGGUCAGGAAGAGCUUGCCAAGAGACUGGCAGAGCUGGAGCUCAAUCGGGAGUUCCUGAGUGAGCUGGAUGACGAUCAAGACUGGUUUGAUGAGGACUAUGGCCUGAGUUCCCCUACGGGCCAGCAUAAGCAAGCUGAGGAACCAGAGGUGCUGCCUGAGGUAGAACUGCAGAAAGUGCCACCAAAGCCAUGUGAGGAGCCUUUGGCAGUCCCUCAUACUGCAGCGGAGGUGGAAAGUAUGGUGCAUGCAGCAACUGAGGAACUCUGGAAACUGAAAGAGCUGGGUCGUGAUCUUCAAAGUUUCAGCCUUCAUACAGAUCUUAGCAGUACUCCCAAUGAGCAGGACGUGGACACAAUGAACACACAGGUUUAUAAAAAGAUGGUAUUUGAUUUAACAAGAGAGAUCUUUGAGGCAAUCUUUGCUGAGGAUCCUAAUCUAAAUCAGCCUGUUUGGAUGAAACCGCGUAGGAUCGCAUCUGCUUACUUCCGCCGAGUAAAAGAUCCAAAUGAUCUGGAUGAAAUCAAGAGGUUCAUUGCAGCUGAAGUAUUGAAGUUGUUCAGCCUGAAUAAGGAGCCUAAUCCCAAAACAGACUGGCAGAAGAUGAUGAAAUUUGGGCGGAAGAAACGAGACCGAGUGGAUCAUAUACUGGUGCAGGAACUCCACGAGGAAGAAGCGCAGUGGGUGAACUACGACGAGGAUGAACUGUGUGUCAAGAUGCAGCUGGCAGACGGAAUCUUCGAGGCCUUAAUUAGCGACACUGUUGAUGUACUGAACCAGAUAAAUGAGAAACGGCAGGGCCGCUGCAUGCCUGCCAGUGCUGAAAAUGCAUUUACAGCCAUGUCACCACAGAAUCACAAGCCUUUCUGA